AUGCAGCUCUACAGGACCAUGUUGACCCAGUACCGGAUCAGGGCCAGGGAUACCAGACCUGGAUAUAACCCGGGUUUGCACAACUCUGACUCUGUGACCAGCCUUGUCGCCAAAAGUUGUCAGCAGAUUAACAAUAGAUGGUCAGUCACCUUUGACCUGUCCUCCAUGUCCUCAAAUGACAAUAUCCAACUAGCUGAACUCCGCAUCCAUCUGCCUGCCUUCACAGAGUGCACUCAAGCUUCUGUGAAUGUUUUCCACUCCCACUGCCCCGGUAUCAAGCCCUGUCCACAGAACCGGCAGUUCCUGGGCUGUCUGAGGGCCCGACCCAGCUCUAUGGUGUCCCCAUCCUCCUGGAAGGUCUUCAACGUGACAGAGAUGCUCCGUCGCUGGCUGCAGGAGGAUCAGUCCACACUGAGGAUGGAGGAGGAGGAGCAGCAUCGGCACCAGGAGGGAGUCCAGCAUCCUACAGUAGACCGGGUCAUGAUGUUGGUCUUCUCCUGGCAGAACCCCGACAGCCAGAGAACACCAACGCUCAUCCGCACAGCAGAACACUCCAAGUACGUCCACCUAGACAGAGAGCGAGGGGGUUCUAGGAGCCGCAGAACCAAAAGGCACCAGCACAGGAACCACAAGCAGAACCACCAGAGACAGGCCCCUCCCAGCAGCAGGUCCACAGAGGAGGAGAGGGCCCUGCUCUGCAGGAAGGUGGACAUGUGGGUGGACUUCAAGAAGCUGGACUGGAGCAAGUGGAUCGUCUAUCCUAAACGGUACAACGCCUUCCGCUGUGAAGGGUCCUGCCCUACACCUGUAGACGAGACCUUCACCCCCACCAACCAUGCAUUUUUGCAGAGCCUGUUCAAACUUCACCAUCCAGAUAAGGUGCCGUCUGUGAGCUGUGUGCCGACACGCCUCGCACCGCUGUCCAUGCUCUACUACGAGUACGGGAAGAUGGUGAUGAAGCACCAUGAGAACAUGGCCGUGGAGGAGUGUGGCUGCCACUGA